UUCUCCUCUGUCUCCCGCUGCGUGCGAGUGAGAGGAAUACUCUCAGGCUUCGGCAGGAAAUUCUGUUUGCCAACCCGGAGGGACGGAUAGGAUGGAAUGGGAGGCAGGGCUGAGCCGACACCUUUCCCAAGAGGCAGUGAACUUGAAAGCGUAGGAAGCCAGGUGGGCCGUGCUGGAGGAGCAUCCCUACGCACUGCCUAGGGAUAUUUGCGGUCAGUUCUUUCUAGUGCUAGAAACCUCCCUUCCGGCCCCCAUUCCUCAGAUCCUCUCCAGCCAGGAAAACCAAAGGAACUGGAGAGGUACGGACACCUGUGCUUGCAGUGGAGCCCUGGAACGGGGCACCAGAAGAUGACAGAUGGUCUCUACAUGAUAUUGAUUCUGAAGAACUGAGAUUCCUGACCAACCCAGUCUAUAAUGGAGAAGACAGCACGCCAAGUACCAACAUGGAGACCACCGUUCCGUUUUUAGUUUCACUGUAGACAUGUGCCCUCAAAGCAGAGAGUGAAAGGCCCUCAGGACACCCCUUAUGUCCUUGUACCCUUUUUUCUCCCUCCUGGAGAAAAGAGAAACGAUGACCUAUUAUAGAAGUUGCUUGAUCCUCUUGGCAUUCACCUGGAACGCUUCUGCCUAUGGCCCUGACCAGAGAGCACAGAAGAAGGGGGAUAUUAUUCUUGGGGGACUCUUUCCAAUUCACUUUGGAGUAGCAGCUAAAGAUCAAGAUCUAAAGUCAAGGCCUGAGUCAGUGAAAUGCAUCAGGUAUAAUUUUCGAGGGUUUCGAUGGUUACAAGCAAUGAUUUUUGCCAUUGAGGAGAUAAACAGUAGUCCUGCUCUUCUUCCCAACAUGACUCUGGGAUACAGGAUAUUUGAUACCUGCAACACAGUUUCCAAAGCCCUAGAGGCCACACUGAGUUUUGUGGCCCAGAACAAGAUUGAUUCCUUGAACUUGGAUGAAUUCUGCAACUUCGAGCACAUCCCCUCCACCAUCGCUGUGGUUGGUGCGACUGGCUCUGGCAUAUCCACGGCUGUGGCAAACCUGCUGGGACUGUUCUAUAUACCUCAGGUCAGCUAUGCAUCGUCCAGCAGGCUCCUGAGCAACAAAAACCAGUACAAGUCUUUCCUCCGGACCAUCCCCAAUGAUGAGCACCAGGCCACUGCGAUGGCAGACAUCAUCGAGUAUUUCCGCUGGAACUGGGUGGGCACCAUCGCUGCAGAUGAUGACUAUGGCCGGCCAGGGAUUGAGAAGUUCCGAGAGGAGGCAGAAGAGAGGGACAUCUGCAUUAACUUCAGUGAGCUUAUCUCCCAGUACUCUGAUGAGGAUGAGAUACAGCACGUGGUGGAGGUCAUCCAGAAUUCCACAGCCAAAGUGAUUGUUGUCUUUUCUAGCGGCCCUGAUCUGGAACCUCUCAUCAAGGAGAUUGUCCGUCGUAAUAUCACAGGCAGGAUAUGGUUGGCCAGUGAGGCUUGGGCCAGCUCCUCACUCAUAGCCAUGCCUGAGUUUUUCCAUGAUGGAGGCACGAUUGGGUUUGCACUUAAGGGAGGGCAGAUUCCAGGGUUCAGGGAGUUCCUUCAGAAGGUACAUCCCAAGAAGUCAGUUCACAAUGGUUUUGCCAAGGAGUUUUGGGAAGAAACAUUUAACUGUCAUCUCCAGGAAGGUUCUAAAGGGUCUCUAUCUUUAGACUCCUUUCUGAAGAAUCGGGAGGAAGGGGGCAGGAGCCGGCCUAACAACACGACCACCACCUUCCGUCCUCUGUGUACUGGGGAUGAGAACAUCACCAGUGUUGAGACACCAUACAUGGACUACACCCAUUUGAGGAUAUCUUAUAAUGUAUACCUGGCUGUCUACUCCAUCGCCCACGCCCUACAGGACAUAUACACCUGCUCACCUGGGAAAGGACUCUUCACCAAUGGCUCCUGUGCAGAUAUAAAAAAGGUUGAGGCUUGGCAGGUUUUGAAACACCUGCGGCACUUAAACUUCACCAAUAAUAUGGGUGAGCAGGUGGAUUUUGAUGAGUUUGGGGACCUGGUGGGCAACUAUUCAAUCAUCAACUGGCACCUCUCCCCAGAGGAUGGUUCCAUCGUCUUUAAGGAGGUUGGGCAUUACAACGUUUAUGCCAAGAAAGGUGAACGGCUCUUCAUCAAUGAGGAGAAAAUUCUGUGGAGUGGAUUCUCCAGGGAGGUGCCAUUUUCCAACUGCAGCAGAGACUGUCUGGCAGGAACCAGGAAAGGGAUCAUUGAAGGGGAGCCCACCUGUUGCUUUGAAUGUGUGGAAUGUCCAGAUGGCGAGUACAGUGAUGAAACAGAUGCAAGUGCGUGUGACAAGUGUCCUGAUGACUCGUGGUCCAAUGAGAAUCACACUUCUUGCAUUGCUAAGCAGAUCGAAUUUCUUUCUUGGACAGAGCCAUUCGGAAUUGCACUCACCCUUUUUGCAGUUCUGGGUAUCUUCCUAACUUCUUUUGUACUUGGAGUCUUCAUCAAGUUCCGAAAUACACCCAUCGUCAAGGCAACCAACCGGGAGCUCUCCUACCUCCUUCUCUUUUCCUUGAUUUGCUGUUUCUCCAGCUCCUUGUUCUUCAUUGGCGAGCCCCAGGACUGGACGUGUUGUCUGCGCCAGCCAGCCUUCGGGAUCAGCUUUGUAUUAUGCAUCUCCUGCAUCUUGGUGAAAACCAAUCGGAUCCUUUUGGUAUUUGAGGCUAAGAUUCCCACCAGCCUCCACCGCAAGUGGUGGGGUCUCAACCUACAGUUUCUCCUCGUUUUCCUCUGCACUUUCAUGCAGAUUGUCAUAUGUGUCAUUUGGCUCUACAAUGCACCCCCUUCCAGCUACCGGAACUACGAGCUAGAAGAUGAAAUCAUCUUUGUCACGUGCCACGAAGGCUCCCUUAUGGCCCUCGGCUUCCUGAUUGGCUACACCUGCCUUCUGGCUGCCAUCUGCUUCUUUUUUGCAUUCAAGUCCAGGAAGCUGCCAGAGAACUUCAACGAAGCCAAGUUCAUCACGUUCAGCAUGCUCAUCUUCUUCAUCGUCUGGAUCUCCUUCAUCCCUGCCUACGCCAGCACCUAUGGCAAGUUCGUCUCCGCUGUGGAGGUGAUCGCUAUCCUUGCGGCCAGCUUCGGGUUGCUGGCCUGCAUCUUCUUCAACAAGGUCUACAUCAUCCUCUUCAAGCCCUCUCGGAAUACUAUCGAGGAGGUGCGCUGCAGCACUGCUGCCCAUGCUUUCAAGGUGGCCGCCCGGGCCACUUUACGCCGCAGCAAUGUCUCCAGGAAGCGAUCCAACAGCCUCGGGGGCUCCACUGGGUCUACCCCGUCCUCUUCCAUGAGCAGUAAGAGCAACUCUGAGGACCCCUUCCCACAGCCUGAGAGGGAGAAGGAACAGCAGCAGCAGCAAACCUUGACCCCUCAGCAGCAGCGGCCACAGCAGCAGCAGCAGCACCGCUGUAAGCAGAAAGUGAUCUUUGGCAGUGGGACGGUCACCUUUUCUCUGAGCUUCGAUGAACCACAGAAGAAUGCUAUGUCCCACAAGGUGACCAAGCAGCAGAACUCUCUAGAGGCCCAGAGUAGUGGUGACAGCCUGGCACGACGCCAAGCCUUAGUCCCCCUUCAGAGCAGCGAAGCUGGAUCAGGACUGGGCAGCGGGGUCUUGGGCUCCGAGGAGUCCGUGGUAGGUGAUAGCCAGCCAGACACCCAGAUCCCCGAAGAGAUGUCCCCAGGCCUUGUUGUAUCUAACUCAAGGGGAUUUAUCAUCAGCGGAGGGGGCAGUGCCAUCACAGAAAAAAAAAUCCAUUCCUAGAGUGAAAGACAGCUGCUGAUCCAGAGAGGAUUCAGAGAGAUGGCUUCAUUAAAGUACAUCAUCUAAUUGUUGGAGGAAACUAUGAUGCAUUGUUGUCCAUAGAUAGCUCUUUCCCUCUGGAGAUAUAAGGAGAAUCAAGUAGAUAUAAGACAUUCAUGUCUUUAGAAUCAUAAACUUAGGUUGAAUCAUUUAAGUUGCAGGACUGGCAACUGAAAAAACCCCCAAAGUCAUGCUCUUUUGGGGGUUUAAUCAGAGCAAUGAAACUGCUUUUUCAUGCUGCUUGGUGUAUAGGGGAAAAUUCCCUAACAUUUAGAGCUGGCCAGAAAUGGAGUGGGCUGCUUUGGACAGUAGUGGGGUCCUUAUCACUUGAGGUCUUCAAGUAGAGGUUGGAUGAGUGACCACUUGCAGGAGAUUCCUGCCCAGAUAGAGGUUGGCCCAGCUGGUCUCUGAGGUCUCUUCCAGCUCUAGGAUUCUGAGAUAUAGCACUGCUUCUUUUGAAAACCAGUUUCUGUUCUUCUACCACAGUGCCAACAGGGGAUAACCAACAAGGCGUUGAGUUUCCUCCUCCUCUGUGGUGUGUAUGUAUAUAUGUGUGUGUGUGUGUGUGUGUGUAUACCUGUGUGUGGGUAUAUUAAAUGACAUAUGUUAAAUAUCUGUCCUGGAAGAAAACUGAUGGCCUUAGAUGGUUCAAUGAGAACUUGACUAUGGAUUCAGAGGAUUUCAGGUGUGGCAUGACCCAAGGAAAAGGCAGAAUGCCAGGAUAGCCUGGCCAUGUAAAGUAUUUUCAGUGUUUGAAAUAAAGCAUGUAUGAAUGCUUCUUAUUUAUAAAACCAUUGGAUCUCUUCCUUGCUGCUGCUAAUUUGGAAAGUCUUAAAACGCUGGCCAGCAACCCUUUAUACUACUGUCUAUGCUUAUGUCCAGGAUGUGUUACAGACACCACGAUUGGUUUGGAGGAGAACCAGUCUCAGAUGUAAAUUCAAUGAGUGUGUAUCUGUGACUGAGCUUGCUCCAUGUAGCUUUCGCCUUCAAGAGUUGUUUCUGUUUUAAUAUUCUGGGGGUGUGGGACAUAAAAUGAACAUUUUCACAAUCUUGCUUACAUAAUAAGCUCCAGUCUCUCCUUUAUUUUCAGCCAUAAAUGCUCGUAUACACUCUUUGGAAUGGAAGGGAUAGGCCAGGAAGACAGGACAGUGUAGUGGGAAAGACACUAAAUUCAUAGACGCAUGUACCAUACUAUCAGAGAUCUAGAAUUAGAGGAGAAAUAAGAGGCCCUUUAG